AUGGCGCAUGGUCGCUCAAUGGGCUUUGACCCACUGGGCCUAGGGGAUCUAAGCCCCGGCUCUCUGAGCUCCCUCUCCUCCCGAGGCCCCCUGGGCAGCGACUCGGGCUCCACCGCAACGCGAUACCUGUUGAGGAAGCAGCGGCGGCUGCAGAAUGGGCCCCCCCGCGGAAUCCGAGCCUCAUCGCCCAUGGGCCGCGUCAUCCUCAUCAACUCCCCCAUCGAAGCCAACAGUGACGAAAGUGACAUCAUCCAUGCAGUCCAGGUGGAAAAGAGUCCAGCGGGGAGGCUGGGCUUCAGUGUGCGUGGUGGCUCUGAACACGGCCUGGGCAUCUUCGUCAGCAAAGUGGAGGAAGGCAGCAGCGCAGAGCGAGCUGGCCUGUGCGUGGGGGACAAGAUCACGGAGGUGAACGGGCUGAGCCUGGAGAGCACCACGAUGGGCAGUGCCGUGAAGGUGCUGACGGGCAGCAGCCGCCUGCACAUGAUGGUGCGGCGCAUGGGCCGCGUGCCGGGCAUCAAGUUCUCCAAGGAGAAGACCACGUGGGUGGAUGUGGUCAAUCAGCGACUGGUCGUGGAGAAGUGUGGUUCCACGCCGUCCGACAGCAGCUCAGAGGAUGGUGUGCGGCGCAUUGUCCACCUGUACACCACCUCCGAUGACUUCUGCCUGGGCUUCAACAUCCGCGGGGGCAAGGAGUUUGGCCUGGGCAUCUAUGUGUCCAAGGUGGACCAUGGUGGGCUGGCCGAGGAGAACGGCAUCAAGGUGGGGGACCAGGUCCUGGCAGCCAACGGUGUCAGGUUCGAUGACAUCAGCCACAGCCAGGCGGUGGAGGUGCUGAAGGGCCAGACACACAUCAUGUUGACCAUUAAGGAGACCGGCCGGUACCCUGCCUACAAGGAGAUGGUUUCUGAGUACUGUUGGCUGGACCGCCUGAACACUGGGGUGUUGCAGCAGCUGUCCCUGGCCUCUGAGAGCAGCUCCAGUGUCUCCUCAUAUGCCUCCAGUGCCCCCUACAGCUCGGGCUCCCUGCCCUCAGACAGCAUGGACGUCUGCCUGGGCCCUGAGGAGCUGGGCAGUCGUGGCCCAGGCUGGGGUCGGGCGGAUACAGCCAUGCAGACAGAGCCUGAAGUGGGGGGCCGUGUGGAGACUUGGUGCAGUGUGCGGCCCACAGUCAUUCUCAGAGACACAGCCAUCCGCUCCGAUGGACCCCCAACCGCCCGUAGCCUCAACUCUGCACUCUCUGAGUCCCCCAAGACAGCUCUACUGCUGGCUCUCAGCCGACCCCAGCCCCCCAUCACCCGCUCCCAGAGCCACCUGACCUUGUGGGAGGAGAAGAAGCAGCGGAAGAAGAAGUCGGGGUCCCCUGGGGAGAAGGGUGCCCUGCAGCGCUCCAAGACACUGAUGAACCUCUUCUUCAAGGGAGGGCGGCAGGGGCGGCUAGCAGGGGACGGGCGCAGAGAGGCCUGGACACUGGACAGUGGGAGCCCAGCCAAAGCACGCCCUCGCCUGGACCUGGAGAAAGCAGGGGGCGUGGGGCCUGUGCAGAAGUUCGUCACCUGGAGACUGAGACGUGACCGGGAAAAGGGCCGGGCCCUGCUCUCUGCCAGGUCCGGGAGCCCCUCCAGCCAGCUGCCCAAUGUGGAUGAGCAGGUGCAGGCCUGGGAGAGCCGGAAGCCCCUCAUUCAAGACCUGGCCCAGCGGCUGCUAACCAAUGAUGAGGUGUUGGCUGUCACCCGCCACUGCUCCCGGUAUGUCCACGAGGGUGGCGUGGAGGACCUGGUGCGGCCCCUGUUGGCCAUCCUAGACAGGCCUGAGAAGCUGCUGCUGCUAAGGGACAUCAGGUGUGUGGUGGCUCCCACGGACCUGGGCCGCUUCGACAGCAUGGUGAUGCCAGUGGAGCUGGAGGCUUUCGAGGCCCUCAAGAGCAGGGCAGUAUGGCCUCCUGCUUUGAGACCAACCCGGCAGGACAUGCCACCCAAGCGUCAUCUCAUCACACCUGUGCCUGACAGCCGCGGAGGCUUCUACCUGCUGCCUGUGAAUGGCGUCUCAGAGAAGGAAGAUGACAGGGAGCUGGGGGUGCAGCUGGGGGGCCUCAAGCUCUCUCUGAGUGCCACUGCCACCCGCCACCCUCACAAAGGGGUCCUCCCUCUCCAAGACGUGCCAGUAGAUGCCUUUGCCUCACACCGACGCACCUGCACGCCCCCUCCCCAGCCACCCCCCGUGGCUCCCCGGCCCCCACGGCCUAACUGGCUGCUGACAGAACCCCCGAGCCACGAGGAGACUCCACAUAGCCAGGGCCAGGGCCUGGCCCAGAGCCACAGCCGCAGCCGCAGCCACAGCCGGGUUCGAGGCAAGUCCCCUGGACGCAGACGCUCCCCAUCCCCGGCGCCUAUCCCCACUCCCAGCGUGGCCAAUGGGCGCUGCCAUAAGCCUCGGAAGGCCAGGCCCCCUCUGCCUCGACCUCUGGAUGGGCAGGCAGCCAAAGUGGGGGCUGGGCAAGGGCCCUUGGAGAAUGGAACUGGCAGGACACCUGAGGACACAGACAUGAAGGCCCCCAGUGGAGAGCUGAGGACAGUCACGCUGUCCAAGAUGAAGCAGUCCUUGGGCAUCAGCAUUUCUGGAGGCAUCGAGUCCAAGGUGCAGCCCAUGGUGAAGAUAGAAAAGAUCUUCCCCGGAGGGGCCGCCUUCCUCAGUGGGGCCCUGCAGGCUGGCUUUGAGCUUGUGGCAGUGGAUGGAGAAAGCCUGGAGCAGGUGACCCACCAGCGAGCAGUAGACACCAUCCGUCGGGCUUAUCGAAACAAGGCUCGGGAGCCCAUGGAGCUUGUGGUCAGGGUCCCAGGGCCCAGCCCACUACCCUCACCCUCGGGCUUGUUAGCCCUCACUGGUCAGCACCUUCCUGCUGACCACUGCCCUGCCCAACCCCUCGAUGCUGCUUCAGUUACCCCCAACUGGCUCCCAGACUCCUCCCACCAACGCCCUGCCCACCAACACCCAGACACUCCCACUGAUGCCAGGGCCCUCCAGCUGACGCCCAGCUCAGUCCCCUCUCUGGCACAGAGCCCAGACUCUCCCCGCUUAUCCCAUGACCCUUCCCGCUGACCGCAGAUUCUCCCACUGACCCCCAGAAGCCUCCUGCCAUCUCCAGGACUUCGCCUACUAACCUUCUCAGGACUAAGAACCUCCCACUCCCGCUUGUCCUGCCUACUCCACACAGGUGGCUCUGAUUUUACCACUUUCUUCCCUCCCCAGUCGUCACUAGGGCUCUGCCCUUUCCAGAUAAACUUAGUGUCCAAGGACGAGGUGCUAGUGGGAAGGCUGUGUCACCUGCACUCACUGUUCCCCAACCUUCCAAGACAGGAAGAGGGUUGAGAAAGCCAAGGUCUGGAGCCUGCCUGGAAUUGGUGGGCACUUUGUGAUGCCCCCCUUUGAUUCCCCAUGCAUUGAGGGACAUGGACUCUCAGAUAGGGCCCUCAAGGGGUCAACAUAUCCACUUCUCAGCCCCAAGCAGCAUUCUGUGCAAGGGACAGGAGGGAAGUCUUCUCUAGGCCCUCAAACCCUGAGAGCAUUUCAUGUUGUGGUCCACUAGGACCUCAGACUUUCUACUGGAUUUGUCCUUCCUCCAUCACCCUUUCUCAGGGGAGUGGCCAGCAAAUAAAGGGGAUGGGGGCUAAACAAGUUCCCAUAAUCUUUAUCCAGCACAUUCACUUUAAAAAAAAUUUUUUUUUUUACAUUUUUCUUUGGGUUUGUACAAGAAAUUUACAGUGUGAAAAGUAUACAAAUGAAAACGAGGCCAUAAACCUGGGUGAGGGGAGGGGCUGGUUGGUCACAAACACAAAUAAACAAGACAUUUCUGAGUUCUUCCUUUGGUCUGACUUCAGCCCUC